GCUGGUUUCCAUUAGCUUUACGUUGGUGUCGGACCGCUGCGGCUCUGGACCCGGACCGAGCCGAACCGUGCUACUUCCUGUGAGGCCCCAGGGCCUGCUGAGCUAGCCAGGGCCACGAUGCCGUACGUGGACCGACAGAAUCGCAUCUGCGGCUUCCUGGACAUCGAGAACGAGAACAGCGGCAAGUUCCUGCGCCGGUACUUCAUCCUGGACACAGAGCUGGGCAACCUGCUGUGGUUCAUGGACAACCCACAGAACCUGCCCAAAGGUUCAGACAAUGUGGGAAUUCUCAAACUCUCCUACAUCUCCAAGGUCAGUGAUGCCUCCAAACUCAGACCAAAGGCAGAGUUCUGCUUUGUGAUCAACACGGGCAUGAAGAAGAUCUAUCUGCAGGCCAACGACCAGCAGGACCUGCUGGAGUGGAUCAGUGUUCUGAACAACGCCACCAAGAUCACCGUGCCAAAGCCUGAAGAGAACCAGAACACGUAUGUGGAGACGCCUCAGGAUGUUCUGGGUGCCACGAAGCAGGUCUCUUACAAAACGGAGAUCAUUGGUGGAGUUCCUAUUACCACAGCCACUCAGGAGCAGAGCGAAGGGCAGGACGGGUCGGAUCGAGUGAAGCGGGCUCAGAACCAGCUGCCCUACUUCCUGUCCAAAGGAGCCCAGGAUCAGCCCUUUGUAAAGACUGGCUUCUGCGUGAAACAAGGAGCUGUGAUGAAGAACUGGAAGAGGAGGUACUUCGUUCUGGAUGAAAAUACUCUCAGCUACUACAAAUCUGAGCAGGACCGCGAGGCGCUGAGAGUCAUCCCACUGAAGGAGGUCCAGAAGGUCCAGGAGUGCAAACAGAGCGAUGUGAUGAUGAGAGACAACCUGUUUGAAAUGGUCACCACCUCCAGAACCUUCUACUUGCAGACGGACAGUCCAGUGGACAUGCACAGCUGGAUCAAGGCCAUCUCCGGGGCUAUCGUGGCUCAGCGCGGUCUCGGACGCUCGGCCAACACGGUGCGUGCCUGUCAGGAGCGCAGUGACCCCCCCUCCUCCUACCCCAUCGAUGAGGAACUACAGCUCCCAGAACCCUCAGCGUGUGCUCAGCCUGACCCUGGACCCUCACCACCUCCAGGACAACUUCCUGGACCUCCUGCCGUGGCGGCUGAGCGGCGUGCGGGCCGUCGGGAUGCCCCUCCCCCCGGCACGCUCCCGCCUCUCGCUGCAGGAGGAGCUGCGCUCCUCAAAGUGACGGAGGAGCAGAACCACGGGGACGGAUCGCAUGACUCCAACAUGCUGAUCACCCUCUUCUGAGGACACUGGACAAGUGUCCAUGUCCUCGGAGCAGUCCUCCAGAACCUCCUCUGGGUCAGACGGGACCCGCCUCCUUCCUCAUCAUGUCGUCUUCCUCCUUUGUCCCUUCCUGCAGCGAAGGUUCUGACAGCAGCCAGCUCAGAUGUUCUGAUCCAGGACAGACGGAUCCUGCGUUUGACUCGCUCUGAAAGAACCGAGGUCCAGAACCGCAGCAGAACUCUGCUCCUCUCUGCUCCAGCAGAAACACUCAGAGCUUCUUCUUCCAACAUCUCCACUGAGUUUUUCACAAACAUGGAGACAAAGUGAAGUUCCUGCCUCCAGUGUCCUCUGGUCAAACCAGCUGGUUCUGGAGGUUCUGGAGGGCAGAUGAAGGGUUCCAGCAGCCAACUUCAGCUCUGUCCUGCCUCAGUUCUCUGAACGCUUCAUGUUUCCUGAGGAAGACUCUGGUUCCUGAUCAUCUUCAUUACUGACGUGAAUCCAGAAGAGCGGAGCUACAUAGUCUGCUUUUAUUUUGAAAAGAACACGUCAGAUUAAAGCAGCGUGAUGUGAACGGACCUGCUGCUCUGAGCUGGUUCUGGUUCUGGUUCUGACUGCAGCUACUCUGGACUCGGGUCGAGACUUCCUGGUUGUGGGUCAAGUUUACUACAAUUUUAUUAACACACGUCACACACACAUGCACACACACACACAUGCACACACACACAUGCACACACACAUGCACACACACA